ACACAAAAUCUCACGUGUGCGCUAUCAUUAGUUCCAAAUAAUACCGGUGAUCAAAUUCCUACAAUAACCAUUCGAAUUUCAUAAUAAAUAGAUUAUAUAUAGUUCACAUAUGUGCUCCGAAAUAAAAAUAAAAAACUCGCAUCACAGUUACCUAAACGUGUUGUUGUGUAAGCAUGACCUCAGCGAGUGAGCCAACAGCCAUCGGAUCAUCGCAGAUGAAGUGCAACUUGAUGUGAUUUAGCAAAUUAUUUGAAAGAAGAUGAGUGUCCUGACCGCGUUUGUUGGAUCUUUACGUUAUAUCGGUUUCAGAGCGAGUGUUUUUAGUUCACGCAGACUGUUGUGCACUCUUCCGGGAGAAGAAAGCUCCAGUAAUGCAGUACGGGUACUGUACGAUGGAGGAUGCCCGAUAUGCGUCAAAGAAAUCGUCUUUCUUCAGUUUCUUCAGAGAAACAGAACAGAUAAAGUAGACUUUGUGGACAUCUCACUGACAGAGUACGAUGAGAGCAGAUUUGAAGGAGUCAGUUAUGAGACGGCAAUGGUGGAAAUGACGGUGAUUGACGAGAAUAACAAGAUCCACCGUGGUGUGCCAGCAUUCGCAGUGAUGUACAGUGCAGUUGGCAUGGGUUGGCUCGGCAGACUGAUCUCUUCCCCCAUCAUCAGACCUUUAAUGGACCGAGCCUACGGAGUAUUUGCAAGAAAUAGACUCAGGUGGACUGGCAGAGAAAAUUGCACCACAGGACGCUGUGUUAAAAAAGAAGAAUAAGACUUUGAGCAUUGGUGGUGACAUUGUUUUUGUUAACCUUUAAUUGUUUGCAUUUGAUAUUUACAGGACUUUAAAGCUGAAUGUAUGUCUAGUAAACCGUUUACUCCAUCAGAAAUUGCACGAUGUAUGGACCAUUUUGAUUUGGGGGCAGUUUUGUCGUAUAACCAUAGUAAAGCAUGUUAUAAAUGAUGUAAACUCAUGAUUUCAAAACAAAGAUUAGUGCAUGACGUAUUUCACAUGGGAGAAGAAGAUUAAUAAAUGCUUUUUUUAUGUA